GUGUAUUGUCUCUUUAAGAACUGUCACUCGAGCCUUUGCUGCUUGUCAUUUUCUGCAACAAGAUGGCGGUCGUUCCAGAGAACAGAGUCCUCUCCUUCAGUGUUUUUAAAUGGAGCUCGUAUUCCUCCACAUAUUUACCAGAAAACAUCUUGGUGGACAAACCCAAUGACCAGUCCUCCAGGUGGUCGUCUGAGAGCAACUACCCUCCACAGUACUUAAUGUUGAAAUUGGAACGGCCAUCAAUCGUUCAGAGCAUCACCUUUGGGAAGUAUGAGAAGACUCACGUGUGUAACCUGAAGAAGUUCAAAGUGUUUGGUGGGAUGAGUGAAGAGAACAUGACAGAACUCCUGUCCAGUGGCCUGAAAAAUGACUACAACAAGGAGACCUUCACCUUGAAGCACAAGAUUGACGAACAGAUGUUUCCCUGCAGAUUUGUUAAAAUAGUGCCUCUGAUGUCUUGGGGGCCCAGUUUUAACUUCAGUAUCUGGUACAUUGAGCUGCAUGGCAUAGAGGAACCUGACUUAGUGCAGCCCUGCCUUAACUGGUACAGCAAGUACCGGGAACAGGAAGCGAUCCGCCUGUGCCUGAAGCACUUCCGGCAGCAUAACUACACAGAGGCCUUUGAGUCGCUGCAGAAGAAGACACGCAUCGCGUUGGAACACCAAAUGCUGACACACCUCCACGACCGCCUGGUACUCCGUGGAGACUUUGACGCCUGUGAGGAGCUCAUCGACAAAGCUGUCAAAGACGGUUUAUUUAACCAAUACAUCAGCCAGCAAGAGUACAAGCCAAGAUGGAGUCAGAUCAUCCCCAAGAGUAACAAAGGUACAGCCUCGCAAGAGCCAAGCCCAGAUGACAUGAACAGUGAGACAAACUACUCAAGUAAUGAGGAUGACAACAGACCAGGGAUGAGGGGAGGUCAUCAGAUGGUCAUCGACGUUCAGACAGAGACGGUGUAUCUUUUUGGGGGCUGGGACGGCACACAGGACCUGGCUGACUUCUGGGCCUACAGUGUUCAGGGGAACCAGUGGGUCUGCAUCUCCAGAGACACAGAGAAGGAGAGUGGUCCCAGUGCGCGGUCCUGUCACAAGAUGUGCAUCGACAGCCAGCGGCGGCAGAUCUACACACUCGGCCGCUACCUAGACUCCAGCGUCAGGAACAGCAAGUCUCUGAAGAGUGACUUCUACCGCUACGAUGUCGACGCCAACACCUGGACACUGCUCAGCGAGGACACGUCAGCCGACGGCGGGCCCAAGCUCGUCUUUGACCACCAGAUGUGUAUGGACUCGGAGAAGCACAUGAUCUAUACGUUUGGUGGUCGGAUUCUGAUGUGUAAUGGCAGUGUGGAGGACAGCAGGACGUCCGAGCCCCAGUUCAGUGGGCUGUAUGCCUUCCACUGCCAGGCCGGAACCUGGAGCCUGCUCAGAGAAGACUCCUGCAACGCUGGGCCUGAGGAUGUCCAGUCACGCAUCGGACACUGCAUGCUCUUCCACACUAGGAAUCGUUGUCUGUAUGUGUUCGGAGGUCAAAGGUCAAAGACGUACCUGAAUGACUUCUUCAGCUACGACGUGGACGGGGACCAUGUGGAGAUCAUCUCAGACGGAACCAAGAAGGACUCCGGCAUGGUGCCGAUGACGGGCUUCACCCAGAGGGCCACCAUAGACCCAGAGCUGAAUGAGAUCCACGUCCUGUCUGGCCUCAGCAAGGACAAGGACAAACGAGAGGAGAACGUCCGUAACUCCUUCUGGAUCUAUGACAUCGCACGCAACAACUGGUCGUGUGUGUAUAAGAAUGACCAGGCGGUGAAGGAGAACCCCAGUAAAGCUCUACAGGAGGAGGAGCCCUGUCCACGCUUCGCACACCAGCUGGUCUACGACGAAAUGCACAAGGUACACUACCUGUUUGGAGGAAACCCAGGGAAGUCGUGCUCUCCUAAGAUGCGUCUGGAUGACUUCUGGUCCCUCAAGCUGUGUCGCCCCUCCAAGGAGUACCUGCUCCGACACUGCAGAUACCUAAUCAGGAAGUACAGGUUUGAGGAGAAGGCCCAGUCAGAGCCUCUGAAUGCUCUGAAGUACCUGCAGAACGACCUCUCUCUGACCGUGGACCACACCAACCCUGAUGAGACCAAAGAGUUCCAGCUCCUGCCCUCUGCUCUCUUCAAGUCCAGCUCUGACUUCAUCCCUCUGGGUUUCUCAGACGUGGACCAGACGUAUGCCCAGCGCACGCAGCUCUUCGACAUGCUCGUCAACUUCUUCCCGGACACCAUGACCCCACCCAAGGGUAACCUUGUUGACCUCAUCACACUCUAGCCCCGCCCCACAACCCUAUGCACCACCACCAUACGCCAAUAAGACUGAUUGGCCGGCCCAAAGCCAAACUUAAUAUUUUUCUACACUUGACCCUUCCAAAUUCAGUGGAGCUCUGCUCGUGGACUGCACUUGUUGACCCCCUCUUUAGGACGUUGGUUCUUCAACAACUAAAACGGAAAAUGAGGGUCAGGCCACUUGUGAUCUAAAGGGGUUGAUACUGAAUAUCACUGUGUGAAAAAGAAGAAGAAAAACUCUGAUAGUCUUGAUAGUCUUUGUUUAAUAAACUGAUUUAACAGGGCAAAAAUAACCCAGAAUUCUUCCAAACAUAUCUGUGAUAACUCAUUUGAUUUGUGAGGUUUACAUUACUUUUACAGGCUGCGUUUGAGUUUGCUUGGCAUUAGUAGCCUGUUAAUCAAGGAGGGGUCUCUUAUUUUCCGCUCGGUCUUGCAUCUGUCUCUCUCUGACCACACUCACUCACACAAACCUGCUUGUGAAAGUAGUUGUUACGUAAUGACACCCUGUCAUGUGUGUGUGUGUGUGUGUGUGUGUGUGUGCGUUGAAUAUACCGUCAACCAAGUUCAUGCUUUUGUUUGCUUGCUCUGCCUGUAUUAUUGGUGGCCAUAUUAUAUACCCCAUAUUUAUAAUUGUCUGCCAUGCUGUUUCACACUGUGUCAAAAUGUUAAUUGUGUUCUAUCGAAACAAUAGAAGUAUGAUCCUAAAAGACAAUUUAUAUGUCAAAUGAAGUUAAGUCAAUUAAAUCCUCUCAAUGUAAAAUUCAGUCAUGAGUUUGGGGGGAAAACAUUGUCAAGUUGUCAAAAGCCUGGGAUUCUGGUAAUGGCUACUGUAGCUUUAGUGUGAUGCAACCAUGGUUCUGUCACUGAGGCAUGGUGGGAAAUGUAGUCUCCAAGUAUGAAUGUUAUUUUUUAAACUCACUCCCCAUCUUGUAAGAGAACUGCAACAUGAUGGUUCUGCUGUAUCAGGGAGUUUUUUUAUGUACAAACACAUAUGAUCUCAUUGGCUGAGAUGUAUCUCCCUUUGACGAUAAAGUUAUUUUAUGGAAGGAAGAAUGAAUGAUUGCUUUCAUUGAGGGAGAGCCCAGUCUCCCCCUUAAGAGAUGGCCUGAUUACUGGGUUCUCUCUGUUUCUCAUGCAAACAGUGAUGACAGGACAUUCUUCAUUUCUGACCUAAAGAAAUACAGAACACUAGAUUUCAUUCUUACUCAGAAUAAGGCGAUAGGAGCAUUCACAAGUGAUCUCUAACACCAAGUUAUCAAAUGGUAUCUGUCUUGUGGCUCCAGCCAAAGUUUUAAUGUACAGGAAAUGUUUUUGAUUGGUUCAUAAUCAUUAUGCUGGAACUGAGGAUGCCCUUUGAUAUAGCUUGUGUGUGUGUCCGUCAAUAUGUGUGUUUGUCUCCAGGGUAUUUUGUCUAGUCCACCUGUGUAACAUAAUACAAACAUUUGCCUCAUAUUGUUCUUCCAUUAAUCUCAGUAGGAGAGAUGAUUGAAGUUAUCCCCUUUUCCCUCAAGAAUAGUAGCAGCCUAGUCUUCCAUUACAUUGUGUAUGUAUUGUCUAUAUAUUUAGCAUUUUUCUGAGACAUCUGUACAGUAUGCAGAGUACACUCUAGGCAAAGGCCUAUGGAGUCUGAAAUAUCCAUCCCCAUUUGUUUUGAGAUCAAUCAACUCCACUAUCAGAUAACCAGAGAUGGAGGGACUAUUCACAUUCAAGGAGACAAACACUUGGUGCUUGAGUCCUGUCGGGUGAUAGAGACAAACUUUAGACAGGCUUUUUCUUGUCAAAUCCUUACAAAAUCCUUGAUCAAAAUCCUAAUCAAAUUGGCAGAUUGUACACUAUGUCCCAAUAGAUUCAUUACAUCUGGUUUAAGACAUCUGAUCUUAUUGUUAGGUGAGUGAUCAAAUCCGAUUUCUCUGUUCGUUUGCACUCAUGUCCUCAGCAAUCAGAAUUGGAUUAAUUUGAAUCAAUCAUUUCUGUGUGCGUUUGCUGCUUGUGUGCAGGGUGCACACCCCUGUAUGCUUUGUGUGUGUGUGUGUGCUUGUUUGUGUGUGUGUGCUUGUUUGUGUGUGCUUGUUUGCUAAUGGUUGUCUUCUGCUGCCACCAUAUUAAGCUUAGUAAAUAUUAGCUCUCUGACCUGAGAUCCAGAGAGAAAGUGUCAUACUUACCAUCAUAGAUUUGUAAUAAAACCUGUUAUUUAGGCCCUACUCAUUAUUUAUGGUCGUUGUCACAGAAUAGAAGACUUUUGCGGUGGUUUCUUUUUUUGUCAGAAAUAAAAGAUAAGCGUAAGAGAACUAGAAAGAAGCACCUUUGCAGAAAAUAUAUAUCACAAUGCCAAAUACAUUUUAUUUUUGGGAGUGGAAGGAAAUUAUCAUUUUCAGGAAAAUGGAAUGUUCUUCAUCUGCACCCUCUUCUCCCCAACUGGGGACUCAUGAGUAUGUGGGGUACUCUAGAGUGCGUGAAUAAGCACUACUCUGUGGAUAACGUGAAUGUGUAGAGAGCCUAUUGUAGAAUUGCAUUGUAUGUAAUGUACAUAACGAAUAAAGAUUGUAUUUUGUUCAGGUUUUCAUAAAUAAA